AUGGAUGAUGACAUUGAAGCCUCGAGGACUAUUCUCUACUUGUCUCGCAGCGCUCUGCGGAAACUGGGCAUUGCAUUUGAACCUCAAAUUGUGACGGCGGCAGUCGAACAUGCGCUGGCUGACGUUGCUUCCAACAAUGCCGUGAGCACGAAGUUCGCUCUACGACGAGACGACACCAAGCUAUCUGCGCUUGGUGCCAUGGACAAAGAUGACGGAAUUUUCAAAAUUAUUAGUUCUUCAGAAGGAAACCGAGCCCGAGGACUCCCGAGGUCGAACAUACUGUUGAUCAUCGCUCGGCCGCCAAGUUUCAUCCCGAGCCACAUCAUCGAUGGAACUGAAAUCAGUCUUGCGAGAACCGCUUCAUUUCCCAUCAUCUCCGUCCGCCGUCUGCUACCUGAUGGAUGCGAUCUCAACAUCUUUAUAUUCGGUGCAAGCGCCCUCGCUGACAUGUGCAUCCGUUAUCUAGUCGCGCUAUGUCCCAAUCGCAUCAGACGCCUGGCCAUCAAAGGUCGGGGCAGCGAGACGAGCGCGAAACUGGCGGCCAAAUAUCGAGAAGCGCCAUUUCUGGUUGAAGCUGUGAACGAUUUGAAGCAACUGCCAACAUCAAAUUUGGUUAUCACCGCAACAAGCUCCGUCAAGCAGCCCCUGUUUCAAGAUCACCAGAUCGCGUCCGCGCCUGUACUGGUCGUGAUGACGAGCGAGGGUGAUGAAAUUCCAGAUCAAUAUUGUGAACAGGCCAUUCGGAACCGCUCGGCUGUUUGUGACGACUGGGCGGCAGUCCGCGCGCGAAGGAGACAAAGCAUUGCCAAGUACAUCGAGAAGAAGUUUGGUAGCCAGCUCCCCUCGGAGCAACCUGAAAAUUAUGGGAUCAAGAACCUCGAAGAGAUGAAAUAUCUGAAGAAUGAGGAACGCAGGAAACGAUGGAUUAUGACAUCCGUCGGCUCUGCAACCACUGACCUCGCUGUGGUGAAGAAGUGCUGUUGGCACGUACUUGAUAGCAGUAAUUUCAGUGGGGCUCCGCGCCUAUGA